UUUCUUCUGCCCGCCCCCCGACACAUUCCCCCUCUCUCCUGCAUCAUGUUUCGCUUCUGGAGAAGCUCGUUUGCGCUCCCGGAGGCUGCCUGCGAAGCGCCCGACAGGAACCCGCGGUACGAAAACCUCUUCCAGAAGCUGGACCGCGAUGGGGACGGCCGCGUGGACAUUGCCGAGCUGCAAUCCGGACUCAAGGCUCUGGGCAUCCCCCUGGGAGAUGACGCGGAGAAGAAAAUUUUCAGAGCUGGAGAUACUAACCAAGAUGGCCGGCUGGACUUUGAAGAAUUUACACGCUAUCUUAAAGACCAUGAGAAGAAAAUGAAAUUAGCAUUUAAAAGUCUCGACAAAAACAAUGAUGGAGUAAUUGACGCCUCAGAAAUUGUUCAGUCCCUCAAGAUCUUGGGUAUAGAUAUUUCAGAAAAACAAGCAGCAAAGAUUCUACAAAGCAUAGAUGCUGACGGGACAAUGUCAGUGGACUGGAAUGAAUGGCGGGACCACUUCCUAUUUAAUCCUGCUACAGACAUUCAAGGAAUCAUUCGAUACUGGAAACAUUCUACAGUAUUGGACAUUGGAGACAGUCUGACUAUCCCAGAUGAAUUCACAGAAGAGGAGAAAAAGACUGGGCAGUGGUGGAGACAGCUUUUGUCAGGAGCGGUUGCUGGUGCAGUAUCUCGAACGGGAACAGCGCCACUGGACCGCCUGAAAGUCAUGAUGCAGGUCCAUGGCUCAAAGGGAAAAAUGAACAUAAAAGGCGGCUUGCAGCAGAUGGUUAAAGAAGGAGGCGUCCGUUCGCUUUGGAGAGGAAAUGGUGUCAAUGUUGUUAAAAUUGCACCUGAAACGGCUAUUAAGUUCUGGGCGUAUGAACGGUAUAAGAAGAUGUUCGUUGAUGAAGGGGGGAAAGUCGGCACUGCUGAAAGGUUUAUUUCUGGUUCCCUGGCUGGAGCGACUGCACAGACUUCUAUUUAUCCCAUGGAGGUAUUAAAGACCAGACUGGCUGUGGGUAAAACAGGACAAUACUCUGGAAUGUUUGACUGUGCUAAGAAGACCUUAAAAGGAGAAGGCGUGAAGGCUUUUUACAAAGGUUAUAUUCCCAAUAUUUUGGGCAUCAUUCCUUAUGCUGGCAUAGAUCUGGCUGUUUAUGAGGCUUUGAAGAAGACCUGGCUAGAAAAAUAUGCAACAGACUCUGCCAACCCUGGUGUACUUGUGUUGCUGGCAUGUGGUACCGCGUCCAGUACAUGUGGCCAGUUAGCCAGUUAUCCUCUUGCCCUCAUCCGCACUCGAAUGCAGGCUCAAGCCAUGGUAGAAAGUGGCCCUCAAUUAUCCAUGGUUGGUCUCUUCCAAAGGAUUAUUGCUAAGGAGGGAGUCCUGGGACUGUACAGGGGCAUAGCUCCUAACUUCAUGAAGGUGCUCCCCGCUGUCAGCAUCAGUUACGUGGUAUAUGAAAAGAUGAAGGAGAACUUGGGAAUAGCAUGAGAAGAAAGGAGGGAAGAAAAAUAGAGGUUUAUUACAAAACAUGCACACCUGAUGAAACCACAUUGGAUGCUAAAUUUAUUCAUGUUUACAAUUGGAUUCAAGUCUUCUCUGUACAGAUCUUGUGGGGAUCUCUUCAAGGAAGCAGAAGAGGACCCACUUUCCAGAAACAGCUGUAAGCCAGGUAUCUUUUUUAAAAAAACACCAAAUCCGACAACCUCAGGUUCCCAUAUCUUAACAAUCAAGAAAUAUUUGAUUGCUAGCCGAGCUGAGUGAUGGAAGAUCUUAAAGAAUGAAUCUCUAGUCAAUGUAAUUUUCUGAUUUUUUU